AUGGCUAAAGUGUAUUGUGUAUUUUUAAGCGAUUACUCCAAUACGUCGAUAGAUGCUGUAUACAAUAUUCUAGUAUACUAGAUUUUACACACACAAAACACGUUUCCUCUAUAAUUACGUGCAAUCUUGAAUUUCGAAACUCCGUUCAACCGCACAAAUAUCCACGAAGCCUAAUUCGAGUCUGACGGACAUGCAGGGGAGUGCGGAGUGCCAGAGUGCAAGAAGAAAUGGCUGGAGAAGGUGCCGAGCUGCGCGUCCAUCGAAUCGGCGGACAUCGAGUGUCUGGAGAAACUGCAACAGUUAGCGGAGAACGAGGUGUACACGAGGAGAAAGAUCGCCGAGCUGGAGAGUCGCGAGGAAGCGUACAUGAGGACCCUCCAGCAAGCGGACGAGCUCUGGUGUAAGCUGGACACCGACGCGGUGAGUACCGUGACCGCUUUGCAAGAGCAACUGGACGCGAAGACGGCGGCGAACCAACGAAUGGCCGAUCGGAUCUGCGAGCUGGAGGACGUGAUAGAGGAACUACGAGCAAGACUGGGCGUUUGCAGGGGCGAGCUGGAGAAACACGUGAGCGUGAGCAAGAUAGAGGCGAUGAUAGGCAAGGAGGACGACUUUGCCGACGUUCUUGAGAAGGAAGUGCUGGUUACAGUCCCUGUGAGGGACGAAGAGGUGGGGAGAGUCGAUGAUCUGGCCGACGUCGACGAGAAAUUUGUCGUGGCUGCUCCGAGGCUAGCGGAUGUUGACAUAGAGGUCAGACCGGACGUGGUGGACCGUGAUUUGGAGACGAGGCCUGACGUCACGGACGCUGAAUUGGAAAUAAAACCUGACGUGGAACACGUGGCCAUGGAGGUCCUCCGGAGAGACUUGAUACCCGUGGACGACGUUCAAGUCGAAUUGUUAGAAAAGUAUGGCUGGAAGUUCGACGCGGCUGAGAUGACAGUUCGAGAAACAGCUGAGGCUAUAGAAUUGCGUGAGAGACUGUUGAAGGCACAGAUUGAAAGGGAAGUGAAAACUGUUCAGCCAGACAAGGAAGAGAGAAUCGUUGCCGAAGAAGUUAUAGCGGAGGAGAUUGAACCUUUCAGAGAAAUUCGACCUGCGGAAGAAGUUGAAGCUGACGAGAAAGUCACACCCGUGGAACCUACUGAAGAAAUCGAACCUGCCGAGGAUAUCGAAGUUGAGAAGUACGAGUCUGCGCUAGACAUUGAAUAUGUUGAGGACGCUAUUAAACCUAUACAGGAAAUUAGACCUGUGGAAGGUAUCGAAGCUGAGCCCGCUGAAGAUGUGAGACUUGUGGAACACUAUGAACCCACUGAGCAGAUCAAACCUAGGCCUGUUGAAGAAGUUAGACCUUUAGAAGAUAUCACACCAAUUGAAGAAACCAAAGCUAAGGCUGUCGUUGAAGUAACCAGACCUGUUGAAGAAACUAGGCCUGUAGAAGAUAUCAGACCUGUUGAAGAAACUAGGCCUGUAGAAGACAUCAGACCUGUUGAAGAAACUAGGCUUGUAGAAGACAUCAGACCUGUUGAAGAAACUAAAGCUGAGCUUGAUAAAGAAAUCAGACCUACUGAAGAAAUCAAACCUAGGCCUGCUGAAGAAGUCAGACUUAUUGAAGAAACUAAAAUUGAGCCUGUUGGGAAAAUUACAGUUACCGAAGAAGUUAAGCCUAGGCCUGUUGAAGAUGUCAGACCUAUUGAAGAAAUCGAAGCUGAACCUGUCAAAGAGAUUAGACCUAUUGAAGAAAUUGAACCUAGGCCUGUUAGAGAAAUUGGACCUGAAGAAGACAUCAAACCUACUGAAACAGUCCCUCCUUCUGAACCUAGGAAAAUUGAAAAGGAAGGAGCACCAGUUCCAAAAUAUGCAGAGGAUAAAAUUGACAGGGACAACAUCUUGGUUCCAAGAAAAGAGAUGUUAUCGUGGCAGAGUGAUGUUGACACUAUUCGAACAACAAUCGCGACCAAUGUGAAAGAAAUAGCGGCGAGAUCUCGGCAGGAAGCGACGGUGAAAAGGCCCGAAGAAAAAUUUCCCGAGAUAGAAAGUGAAAUACGAGCGAAGCCAGAAGUUACUGAAGCUGAAGUCCCGCCGAAGAUAGGGGAGAAGGAAGUUGAAGUUAAACCUGACGCGGCGGUGGAACUGAAACUCGAGUUUGAGCACCCUCCUGAGCCGCCAACCACACCGUUUGCGCCUGCCGUGAGUCCUCGGCUGGAAGAAGACGCGAUAUUGGAAGAAAGGCUGGAGGAAACUCCGAAAGUAGCGAAGGAGCCGGAGAAAAUGCCGACGAUCCCCGAAGUGGACGAGGAUGAGGUUCCUCCGAUGAAAGAGGAAGAAAAAAUUGAAGAAGAAAUCGGAGAACCAUUGGCAAAGAUAGAAGAAGAUGUCCCAGUCAAGGUGAUAGCGGAGAAAAAAGAAAUUGAUGUGGAAAUCGAAGAAGAGCCAAAGAAGGAAGAAGAAGAAGUAAAAUGGGUUCCUCUGGAAGAGAAGAGACUCGAAGAAAUGCUGAUGGAGGAAGAGGAGAAAGGAGUCGAAGCUCCAGUGGCUGUCGAAGAAGUAUUACUAGAAGUUGAAGUAUUACUAGAUGAGAUAAAAGUACCAGAAGAAGAGACACCUAUAUGGAAAGAGCCACCUGUAGAAAAGGAAGAAUUCGUUCCUUGCAUCUGUCCACUUGUGCCGCCUCCUGUUAGUGACAAAUUAUUUCACGCCUUUAAAAAUAUUUUUCACAGCAGCAUAGCAACUUCAAAUAUUUUCCGCAUUAUCGUCUUACAGCCUACCAAGAAGAUAGAGAUUACCCAGACGGAGAUCACAAGAAUCGAAACUGUCCAAGUGGUAACGCAAACGGUCAUAGACGUGGAGACACAAACAACGCCAAGAAUCACCAGACAAGCUCAACCACAACUGGUGACCAUCACAAGAGCUAUAGACCCUGAUCCAGAGACCAUAGAACGACUGCUGAAUUAUGAGAGGCCUUUGAAGGAACAGUUCGCGGCUAUGACUGUCACCGAAAGCUCGCAUACGCACAAGAGCCAUAUUAGUUCCGUCCAUAUUAGCGCGACAGAAAUUGGCGAUCCUCGCGGUCCAGCUGUCGAACGACCUUUCGUCAUCCAGAGCCCCACUAUCCUUCCUGGUCCUCUAGGACCUCUUCGCGGUGUUCCUUCUGGUGCUCGUGGUCCCCUUCCACCCGACCAUCCUCUGUCAGCGGUGCUGCAAACUCUGCGAGCCGAGAAGAAACGAGAAAGGGAACCAGAAAGGGAACUGAGAUCCAUCUACUACGGCAAAAAUUCUGGGGAGCUGGAUCGAGAUGAGGGCAAAUGCAACUGUUGUCAAUGCGGCAGGACCAUGCCCACUCCUCUGCAAACUUCUAGAACGCAAGUAGAAGGACAGGCACCAACGUCGGUGUUCAGAAUCGUGUCAAACGUUCCAACAACUGGAACGAGGGUCAGUCCUGGCAUCGAUCAGACGACGCAGCACGAGGCAGUCUAUUCAAAAUGCAAACUGAGGAAGCUUCAACAGACUCUGCGAGCGCAGGACUCAUUGAGGAGAGCUACCAAGAAGUCGACGAGAGAUCAGGAGGUCUACACCUGCGAAACUGAGCCUAAGAAGGCUCUGCCCUGUCGCGAGAAGGUAAAAAGGAAGUCAGCGGACCAGAGCUGCAUGGCGAAGAUUCCCAAGGCUAAGCCGAGGAGAGUGGAUGACAGUGACGAGGAUCAGAGUGCCACAGUGGGCUGUGCUUGCAGUGGGUUGAUAGAAGUGAAGCCUGGGGUUAUGAAGAAGGUACACUGUGCUUGCGGUGAUCCCGACUAA